AUGGAGGUGUCAGAAUCUAUCUGUGGAGGGGGAGCCAUCUAUGAAGGCUUCUUGGAGGCAUGCAGGAUUCUGCAGCAGAUAAGGAGAGUCAGGCAGAAGUGCAUUCAAGCUGCUCCUAAAGCUGUGGACAGAUGCAGUGAAGGCUCCUUCCUACUACUAACCACAUUUUCUCGUCCUGUUACUGUGGAGCCCAUGGACCAGUUAGAUGAUGAAGAGGGACUUCCAGAGAAGCUGGUUAUAAAGAACCAGCAAUUUCACAGGGAAUAAGAGCAGCCACCCAGAUUUACACACUGGAAGGCACUCAUUGAGAUGGAGAAGCAGCAACAGGACCAAGUGGACCGCAGCAUCAAGGAGGCUCAUGAGAAGCUAGAGAUGGAGAUGGAGGCUGCACGCCAUGAGCACCAGGUAAUGCUAAUGACACAGUAUUUGAUGAGGCGCCAAGAAGAACUUCGGAGGAUGGAAGAGCUCCAUAACCAAGAGGUGCAAAAACGAAAGCAGCUGGAGCUCAGGCAGGAGGAAGAGCGCAGGUGCCAUGAAGAAGAGCUGCCGCGAGAGCAAGAAGAACUGAUGUGGCUACAGCAGGAAGGAUUAAAGGGAACCUUCCCUGAUGCGAGAGAGCAGGAGAUUCGGAUGGAUCAGAUAGCUAUGGGAGGUGCUAUGGGCAUAAACAACAGAGGUGCCAUGGUCUCUGUUUCUGUGCCAGCUGGUACCCCAGCUCCUCCAGGACCUGCCACUAUGAUGGUGGAUGGAACUUUGGGAUUGACUCCACCAACAACUGAACGCUUUUGUCAGACUGAUACAAUGGAAGGAAUGGGGCAAUUGGUGGAACUCCUCCUGCAUUCAACCAUGCAGCUCCUGGAGGUGAAUUCACUCCAAACAAAUGUCACUGAUACUAAUAAAUUUGCAGUGUCUAGUUUCUCAAAACCCUUAAAGAAGGACCCUUUUCGGACUAGCCAGAAUUCUACCAUGGAAAAUUGUUAGGGAUUCCUUCCAAUAGUUAGAUCUAUGCUACCUGUACUAUAGGGAGUAUGCUGGGGCAGAGGGCAAGGAAGGGGUGGUAUAAACAAAUCAUGGGUGGUAUAAUGUUUAAUCAGUUCUGUGUGGUGCAUUCCUGAAGUCUCGAAUGUGAUUGUUGAGCAUCUGGGGAAAUAAUGGCAAAGUGGAUCCAGUUAGAGCUCAUUAAUCUUGAUCAUUCCAG